AAUAACAUGUUGGACUCUCUUCAGACGAACCAAUAAUUUCAACCCACUCGCAGGCGUUGGAUUUCUGGAGAAAUACAGUGAAGCCAUGGUUCACCUGUCAAUAGCGUUGUUGGUGUUGUUUUCCCUCCAGAGCUCAGCACUCGCCUCCCAAAAUGGCUCGACGCCCUUCCUGCGGACUUUCUCUGGUCACUUUAAAACAGUCACAGAUGAGCCUGUCGACUACGUUGACCUGUCUGAGUUAGACAGUUGGAGGGAUGACGAGGGGUCCGGCUCGGGGUCGCAGCAGGAGCCGGUGAAAAAACACAGUCCACACCGCCAUCCCCAGAAGCACUAUUAUGUCUCAGAGGACACUAAGGAUUUCCUCCAGGGUCGCCUGGCAACGAGCUUUGUCCCGACCGUUUACACCCUUGUCUUCAUAGUCAGUGUGCCCCUCAACCUUGUUGCCUUGGUGAUGUUCAUGCACCACGUCCGUCCCAGAAAGCCGGCGGUGAUUUACAUGCUGAACCUGGCCUGUGCGGACCUGCUGUUCGGCCUCCUGCUUCCCUUCAAGAUUGCCUACCAUUACCUCGGCAACAACUGGAUCUACGGCUCUGUCAUGUGCAGAGUUGUCACUGCAGCUUUCUACUGCAACAUGUACUGCUCAGUGCUGCUCAUGACGUGUAUCAGCAUUGACCGUUUCCUGGCGGUGGUUUACCCCAUGAACUCCCUGACGUGGCGCAGCCCUCAGACAGCCUGCGCUGUGUGUGCUGCCAUGUGGCUGUUGGCCCUCGGGGGAGUCGCCCCUCUCCUCAUCUCUGGGCAAACCCUCUAUUUGUCAGACUUGGGCAUCACCACCUGCCAUGUUGUGCAGGAUGUGGAACAACUACAAGCUUACUAUCUGUACUUCUUCCCCAUCUACUCCUCAGUCUUCUUCUUCAUCCCUCUAGUCUUCACUGCCGUUUGCUAUGUCCGUAUUAUUCAGGCUCUGGCAGCGGCCAACGUCGAGAACCGCUUCCGGAAGACUCGAGCCGUGGUGAUGGCCGCGGUGGUGCUGGUGGUGUUUGUGGUCUGCUUCACCCCCACCAACAUCAUCCUGAUGGUUCACUAUGUUCAGCUGUCCCACAUGUCCAGUGACGGCUCCUAUCAAGCCUACCUGCUCUCCAUGUGUGCAGGAAGCCUCAGCUGCUGUUUGGAUCCAGUCCUGUAUUACUUUGCCUCCUCUCAGUGCCAGAAGCAGGUGGCAGCACUGCUCAGAUGUCGGCGACCGGCCCGAGCAAAGAGCAGCUCCGAAACACAGAGCACAAGAACCAGCGGGCGGAGAGACAGCAGCAGGUCAUGCAAGAUGGAGAACAUUCAAACCGGCCUGGGGAGCCAUUACAGCCGGCUGGUGACUUAACGACAUGGACAUGGGAUGCUGGCUUCUAAGACACUUCUCAAACCUGUACUUACCGUCUACUAUAUCUGAAUCUAUGGAUCUAAAUAAUCUAAAUGCUUGGGUUGGGUGUCCAGUGCCUUGUAGCGCUGGACAUGUCCACUUAAAUGAGCUUUUUGUUGUUUUGCAAUCACAAAAUAUACCCACCAGUAUGACUGUCUGAUAUGUUUGUGUAAUUUCACAGAGAGCAUGUACACAACAUGCUCUGCCAUUAUUUUCAUAUUUUUUGUUUCAUAUUCUUGUUUUCAGUGAAUCAUAGGAUAUACACAGUUAAUAAUAAUUCAUCUGAGUUUUAAUUUGAAAAACAUUACAAGUUAUGUAAUGGCUGCAUUGUUGUAAGACAGACAUCUGCUAUAGGUUUUGAUAAGUCUAUAUGUAUAUAUGCAACAACAUUAAUCAAUUGAACUGCAGUAGCAUUCAUAACCUAUAUAAUUAAAUCAAAACAGAACUACUACAUUA